CUCUCUCUCUCUCUCUCUCUCUCUCUCAAUUCGACGCCGGUAAAACUCGCUCACCUCGAUCGAUACAAGGAAGAAAGUUCGUUCUCCGACAGUGAAAGAGAUCCUCCAUUUUCCUUUUCCUCUGAUCUUUAUGCUCUGGGGCUCAUUUCCCCCCAUCAGAUAAUGAAGAAGGGGAUCUGGUUCUUCUCCAUUGUAAUAUGUACUUACUUGUUGCUUCAACAAACCAAUGGUCAGACGUUGGAGCAGAGUCACCAAAUAGGAAAGAUUGAAGGGAAUACUGGUGAUGUGUUAGAGGAUGGCCCUGUUGGAAGUUUGAAGGUGUUUGUUUAUGAAUUGCCUAGCAAAUACAAUGAGGACCUUGUAGAAAAGGAUCCUCGAUGCCUCACUCACAUGUUUGCUGCAGAGAUUUUCAUGCAUCGUUUCUUGCUGUCAAGUCCUGUUCGGACACUUGAUCCUGAGAAAGCUGAUUGGUUUUAUGUCCCAGUAUACUCAACGUGUGACUUGACUAAAAGUGGUCUGCCUUUGCCCUUUAGAUCUCCACAAAUGGUGAGGAGUGCAAUCCAACAAAUUGCCUUAAACUGGCCUUACUGGAAUAGAACAGAAGGAGCGGAUCAUUUCUUUGUUGUCCCACAUGAUUUUGGGGCAUGCUUCCAUUACCAGGAAGAGAUAGCUAUCAAGCACGGAAUUAUGCCCUUGCUUCAGCGUGCUACAUUAAUUCAGACAUUUGGACAGAAGAACCAUGUUUGCUUAAAGGAGGGUUCCAUUGUUAUUACUCCAUAUGCCUCUCCACAGAGAAUGCAAGCUCAUUUGCUUCCACCAUAUAUUCCUCGAACUAUCUUUGUUUACUUCCGUGGAUUGCUUCAUGAUGGCAUCAACGAUCCAGAGGGAUGUCACUAUGCAAGAGGUGCUAGAGCAUCAUUAUGGUUAAACUUCAAGAACAAUCCUCUCUUUGACAUUUCCACUUACCAUCCAACAACUUAUUAUGAAGACAUGCAACGGGCAGUUUUCUGUUUGUGCCCCUUGGGUUGGGCACCUUGGAGCCCCAGAUUAGUGGAAGCAGUGAUCUUUGGCUGCAUUCCCGUAAUCAUAGCAGAUGAUAUUGUGCUUCCUUUUGCAGAUGCAAUUCCAUGGGAGGACAUUGCUGUUUUUGUAGCUGAGAAUGAUAUCCCUAAAUUGGACAGGAUCCUUACUUCGAUGCCCAUGGAGGUUAUACUAAGGAAACAAAACUUGCUCGCAAAUCCUUUAAUGAAGCAGGCUGUGACAUUUUCAGAGCCUGCACAACCUGGGGAUGCCUUCCAUCAAAUACUGAAUGGUCUUGCUCGUAAGCUUCCACAUGAUGGGAGCAUUUACCUGAAGCCGGGGGAAAAGAUUUUGAACUGGACUGCAGGUCCAGUUGGGGAUUUGAAUCCUUGGUAGUAGUAAUAGUAAUAGUAGUAGUAAUAAUCUGGAAUACAAAAUUAAUUACUCCAUCUGCUAGUCUAUUUAUUUAACUGUUGUACAUAAGCUGUUGCUGUUAACAUUUCUUUACAGUCAUUGGAUGCUCAACAGUAACGAACUGCCCUAGCUGUGUAAUUUUUUAGUUGAUUGACACACAUCAUUUUCAAACA